AUGACGGAGGCCCAUACUGUUGUCCAGAGUCCAAGCCCAUCAGAGGUUUCUCCAGCGUUGACCGAGUCUUGUAUGUGGAUAUUACGUCACACCUGCGCCAUUAAAGCCAGUUUCUUUCUAUUAGCAUAUUUCAUCUACAAUCUACAAGCGUACAGGAACAGCUCUAGAGAGUUCUUUCUCUGUUUGCGUCUCUUGAUCCGAUUGGAACUUGAGUUAUCAUCUCGUUGUGCUGUGGAUUACGUCAGUUUGGCAUCGGAGCAGGUUUGUCCUUCGAGGAUGGCCCAGACUAACGCUGGAAAUGGUGAAGUUCAACAGUUGCGUGAGGUUGUGGCAGCCCUCUCUGCUCGCGUGGAGCAACUUAUGGGUAUGAUGCAAGGUGGAGCUGGUGGAGCUGGAUGUACUGUUGAAGGAGCUGGUGGUAAUGGUGCUGUUAAUCUUCCUCAGCCGACCAAUCGUGGUGGUGAAGCUCUUGUACCACACCGACGGCAGCAGGCUAAUGAGGUUGUGGACUCCUCAUCAGAUGAAGAAUUGGACAACUUUGAGUUAGCCAUCGGUGAUAUUGGACAACAGCAAGCCCCAGGUAACAAUAACUACAGUGAUUUUCGCUUAAAAGCUGACAUUCCCUACUUUGAUGGGUUUGUAAAUAUAGAGGGGUUUAUAGACUGGUUAGCUGAAGUGGAGCGCUACUUUGAUUUUGCCUCUAUUCCAGAGGAUAAGAAAGUGAAGUAUGUAGCCAUCCGGCUGAAGGGUGGUGUCUCAGCUUGGUGGGAUCGUUUGCAGGAGACUCGUCGUCGCGAGGGAAAGGAUAAAAUUCGAACUUGGAGUAAGAUGAAACGUAUGCUUAAGAGCAGAUUUCUUCCCCCUGAGUUUGAGCAAUACUUAUUUCAUCAAUAUCAGCAUUGUAGGCAGAAUGAGAGGUCUGUUGGUGAGUAUACCGCUGAAUUUUAUCGGUUGGCGGAAAGAACCAACCUUCCAAAACCUGAAUCUUGUCAACUGGAACGUUGCCACUAUUCUAAACGGCAUCCUGAGGAUUAUAGCAAAUCUCCAUUUGACAAGGGGUCUCACUUUGAUAAAACUAUUUCUGAACCCAAUGGUAGUGAAGGGCGAUUUGAGAAGACUGGAGGCUCUAAAGUUGGCGAUGGUAAAUUUGGUGCCAAGACCCCUGUAAAGGAGUCUUCCAAGGCCAGCAAUCCUUAUUCAUGGCCUUUCCCACCAAAGUGUUUUAAGUGUGGAAAGCCUGGGCAUCGUUCCAAUGAAUGUCGAUCUAAAUCUGUCCAAUUUGUUGUAGCUGAUGGAGAAUGUGUUGAUGAUGAUAAGGAGGGAGAUAUUGUUUGUAGCUCAGAUGGGGAAGAAAUUGAUCAAGAUUAUGAAGAAGGGGGCCAAUCUUAUUUAAUUCAAAAGGUAUUUCUGUCUGAGAAGAAGGAGAAUGAUUCCCAGCGUCACAAAUUGUUUCGGACCAGAUGCACCAUAUUGGGGCAUCAUUUUGAUGUUGUCAUUGAUAAUGGGAGUCAAGAGAAUCUUAUUGACAAAAAUGUUGUCCAGAAAUUAAAGUUGUUUGUUGAGAAGCGUCCAGAGCCUUAUGCGGUGAAAUGGAUUAAACCUCUAGAGAAGGUUCGUGUUACAGAACGGUGUCUUGUUCCUUUAUCUAUUGGGAGAUACAGUGAUGAAGUUUACUGUGAUAUCCUUGAUAUGGAUGCUUGCCAUAAAUCCACCUUCUUAUCAAUUUGCUCUUCUGUACAAGACUUAGAGAGGGAUUUCAGGCAAUCCAAGCAGCUCUUUGCGGUAGUAGUGAAAGGGGAUCACUCAAGUAGUCCACAGCUUGUCUCAUCUCUUCCUGGGAAAAUUCAAGACUUGUUAUCCGACUUUAAGGAACUGAUCUCUGAUGAAAUUCCUUCAGGUUUGCCUCCUAUGAGGAAUAUUCAACAUCAAAUAGACCUCAUUCUAGGGGCUAGUUUGCCUAAUGUCCCUCAUUAUAGACUGAGUCCCAAAGAACACGAGAUUCUUCGGGAGAAAAUUCAAGAGUUGUUGGAUAAAGGGCAAAUCCGAGAGAGCUUGAGCCCUUGUUCAGUGGCUGCUUUGUUAGUACCUAAGAAGAAUGGAACUUACAGGUUGUGCAUUGACAGUCGUCCUAUAAAUAGAAUUACGGUGGGGUAUAAAUUUCCCAUCCCACGGCUGGAUGACAUGUUGGACCAGCUACUUGGGGCUGUUGUUUUUACAAAAUUGGACCUUACCAGUGGGUACUAUCAGAUCAGAAUUAAGCCUGGAGACGAGUGGAAGACAGCUUUUAAAACCAAAGAGGGGUUGUUCGAGUGGUUGGUGAUGCCUUUUGGGCUUUGCAAUGCCACAAGCACCUUCAUGAGGGUAAUGAAUCAGGUAUUAAAACCCUUUCUUGGAAGAUUUGUGGUUGUUUAUUUUGAUGACAUUCUCAUUUAUAGUAAAUCUGUUGAGGAGCAUUUGAUACAUUUAAGGGAAGUGUUUAGCACUUUAAGGAAGUAGAAGCUCUUUAUUAAUUCAAAAAAAAUGCA